AUGCGAGCGUGUCGAGGCCGUGGUCCACGAAUCAGGCGGCCCCGUGGCGGACUCCGCGUGACGUCAACCGACUCCGGGCGCGGAGGGCCUGCGCGCAUGCGACCUUCAGUACUCCCGUUCCACCUUCAGUCGCUCGCACCCCCGCCCGCCAAUACUCUGGCGGCACGGGGGCCCUCCACACGUUUGCCGCUGCAACUUUCGCCUACCCGCGUCGGAGCGGCGUACACCGCC